AUGAUUUUUUUCUUUCUUGAUAAACCUUUCUCUGAUCCGAAAAGAAUUUCAUUGUUCUUCAUGGUAAAGAAAUCUUUCUUUGGUUUUGAUCAGUGCCAACAAGUUGGCUUCAUUUGGACUCUUUCCUCACUUCAUUUUGGCUGGCGGCUUGUUGGCACUUUAACAAUUUCUCUUGUAAAUGAAUUCAGUCAGAAUCAAAUGGACAAUCUAUCUAUGACCACCACUACUACAACGACUACGUGUGUCUUGAGCAGUAGUAGCAGUUUUAGCAACAACGGACUCCUCAGCAGCAACAGUCCAAUCACCAGUGCAGUGACCAGCAACUCACCCACACCUGCCACUACCCUCAGUGCAAACAAAUCGCCCCCAAUUGUUGCCCCGACCAGCACCACUACUGCCACACCUGCUGUUGCUGUCAUUCCUACGACAGUCCCUUCCCCUGCAAAUUCAACCAGCCUAGUGGUAGCGCCAACCAUCACCCCGACUAACUCACCCAUUUGUACUACAAUUGUGACAACAGUUUCUGUUAUCUUACCUCCCCCGCCAACAAUAAAGAGCCCCUCGCCACAGCCUAAGACUGCUUCGAUCCAGCCACCUCUACCGCCAGUGCCAGCUAUUGUUCGUGAGCCCCCAAAACGAACGCCACCAUCUCCUAGAGCUCCACCUCGGCGCGAAGAUCCUGUCCUUACAAAAGAGAAAGAACCUUUGCCAUACAUCUCCAAGAGUUCUGUUGGGUGGACCAGUCCUAGUGCUCAGCAACUCUACUCGUCUGCGUUGCCCAUCCCACAACCUCCGAACCUCCACUUGACAUCCCUGAGCUCCUUACACAGUCACACGCCAUCAUUCUCCCAUCAUCCCUCAGCUCCUCCACCGCCGCCGCCGCCACCGCCGCCGCCUCCACCCCCUCCUCCUCCUCCGCCACCACUACAUCCGCACCACUCUUCCGCUGGUCAUCCGGGCCCCCACAGUAUGUUUGCAUCCCCUCUACCUCCUCCACCAAGUUUGACCUCUACUGCCUUGCAAGUCCCAGCCAACGUACAGAGCCACUUCACAGACUCUAUGCCUUUCCAAGCAACUCGCCCUCCAUCAUCGAAGCAGUGCGAGCAUUUGGAUUUGCCUGGCGGCAUGUGUCCGUCUGCUAUAAGUCCAUAUUUACACCCUGAAUAUUUGCCACGUGAAGUGAGUAAUCGAUUGCUGGCCCAUGACCGACCGGCUCAGUUGGGGCCUGCUUCAUACAUGAGGACAGAAAUGCAUCAGCAUCAACAUCAACAUAUGCAUCAACACCAGCACACCCACCAACAUACGAUUGGUUUGACUCCACCCUUCUCGCCAUCUCUCGUACCCAACAAUGCACAACAUCUGGCCAAGUUGGUACCUCAAGCAGCCUGGUGUAAACGAUCUGAACGUCCCGAACUUAACUCUGCAGGCUCUCAUUCGUUUGAUAAAAUUCCGAGGUACGAACCAUCAUUUUAUCGGCAAAAUAUCCCAGGUCUUAGUUUUCAUGGAUUACCUUCAUUGCUAACACCAGCCGGACCUGGUCCUGGACCUUUAAACACUGGUAUUCCAGGCGCCUUUCAACCAAAGACGAUCAACCCUAGCAGUUUAUCUUCAGAUCCAGGUUUGUUAUCACUUCGUGAACGUGUAAAACCAGGUCCUUCUCCUGUAACCCCAAAGAAAACGGGCAAAUGGUGUGCUGUUCAUGUCCAGGUGGCAUGGCGUAUUUACCAUCACCAACAGAAACAGCACGAGGCUCAGAAAGGUGGGGCUGACACGAAACCCGUGAUAGACCCUCUACGGUCACCAAGCCAUUUGCUUCCUAACAGUAGUAUACAUCGGCCCCCUGACCUGGGUACCAGUGCUCAACAAGCUCUCCUAGGUACCCUCAUCGGAUCUGCCAGACCCUCUUUUGACUCAGGACCUACACACCACAGCAGCUUUUUAAACCCUGCACAUAUAGCAAGUGUCUCACCUUUUGCCCGGCCAUCACCGUACAGUGUUGGAUUCCCUGGUUUACCAGGUAACAGUUUGUUCAAUGGUAGCCGAGAAUUGUCCAGCAUGUCAACUUUAUCCCCAGAAUGGAACAGAUUACACAAAACGCCAUCAUCAUUCCCAACACCCCCAUCAUGGCCUAAGACUGAUGUCGAGCGUGAAAGGGAAAAAGAGAGAGAAAGAGAGCUUGGUUUACAUGACAGGAGAAAAGAGGAAGAGAGAGAAAGAGAGAGAAGAAAUUUGGAAAGACUUACCAGCCUUGACAUGGACCGUGGAAGAGACAAGGACAGAGCCGAUCGAUAUCGUGAGGCAGAGAGGAGAAGAUCUCGUUCCCGGUCUCGUUCACCUAUUCGCAAUGGCCGUCUUGAACCGCCCAAACAAGACCUAAUGGAUAAACGGCACGAUGAUAAGUCAAGCCUGAAAAUCAAGGAGGAACGUCGUGAUGAAGAUGUACAUCUCCUCGAACGUGAUAAACUGCUUAGAAAUAAUGAGUACCUGUUUGCCUCUCUUCCACACACGACAACCGCAAUGCCUGUAAACAUGCUGGAACGUGCCCGCAUGCUUGGCCCUCGAUACUACAAUAAUGAAAGGCCGCAACUCGGAGUGUGGAACCCCUAUGAUAAGGGUUUCGAUAUGUCACACCGGUUGGAACUGCGUGAAAUUGAACGUGAGCGUGACCAUCUGAUGGGAGCACGCUUCAAUCCUAAUGACCUUUACUUCAGGGAGAGAAUGUUCGAUCGGAUGCCUAUUUUUGAUCGAGAACGAUAUGAAUACGAGGCUAAUAAAUUACCGGCUCUUCGGCCAGUUGAUCCCUUAUCUGUUGGACACUUUCCUCGCACUGUGAGUCCGAUGGUGAAUCACUCAAGUAAAAGCAAUUCACCGGCCAGUAUCCCAGGUGCCCCACCCCCUUUGAUCCCUUCAUCAAGUACAUCACAUCCAAGAAGUCAUACAAAUUCCCCGGCCAGUUCGAAGUCUAAGGCCAGUAGCCCAUUGGACAAUGUCAGUGAACUCAAAGAUAAAAGAGACACUCAUUCAAGCUCAACUGACCCUGAUACACAUUCAAGAUAA